UGUGUGCUAUGUGCUUUGGCUGUCGUAACACCGCGGGAGGCCCAAGAUGUGAACCUGCUCUCUGGGUACUUGGGGUCUCCCCGGGAAAGAGAAAGGGGGUCCAGAGUCCAGUAAACAUCAGGCCGAAGUCAGUGGCUCAAAGAAUGCUCUGGGGGCAAGGAGACCCGGCAACCAGUCGGCGUGAGCCUACUGGGUGCUUCAUAGAGGCAGAGGAUUGGAACCUGUACUGAGGAAUGGAAAGGUCUUCAGGAGGGAGGGAGGGAGGACAUCCUGGGCCAGGGGAAGGUCAUGACAGAGGUCAAGACAAAGGUCUUGAAGUGUUAGGAGUUUCUCACUAGAAACUGAGACAUGAAGGGGAUGGGAAUAGGGUGGGGAGAAUUUGCUCCAAACAAUGCCCACUCGGGCCAGGACAGGUAGGGCCGGGGGUGGGGGGUGGUGAUGGAUACCUGACGUCAAAUCUGCCCCCUGCAAGGAAGCUGAGCUUCUCAUUUGUUCCUCUUCCUUCCUUCACCCAGACUCUGGCCCGUUCAAAGAUGGCAUGAUAACCUUCACACUUCCCUCUGCCAUAAGGAGCUUGAUCCUACAGAAGACACCAGACAUCAGAAAUAUGUCCAGCGUGGCUGGGGGGCUCCGACCAGCCAGCAUGGUGGUCCUGCACAGGUCCCUGGCUCCAGCCUUUGAAAAGUUCUGCCAAGCCAACAAUGGCCCUCUGCCCCUACUGGGCCUGACUGAGCCAGGCAGGUGGACGUUGCCUGCCCCGAACGCUGUUCUGGACACCAGGACAGGGUGUCCCUAGUUCCGGAAGUACGAGUUUGGUGCCCGAGGAGGCAGCCUGACCUCAUUGGAGGAGUACUCAGAGCAGCUGAGGGACACGGUGACCUUCCUCCCGGAGUGCAGCUCCUCCCUGGAAGCAGCCUUGGAGAAGGUGGGGCUCCCCAGAAGAGACUCCGUAGGGCAUGGUCACGUGGGUGCGUACGAGACGACAGCGCCUUGUGCUACCAUUGCUGGCUUUUGCUGCCACCUGGUGGUCACAAUGCGGCCCAUCCCCAAUAACAAGCUGGAAGGGCUGGUGCCGGCCAGUUGCUCCCCAGGGAAUAAGGGACAUCCCAUUCAUAUCGGCGACCCGGAAUGGUUGGAAAUCAAAGAUCUUUCUAGACCUGACUAUGGGGAGCCUGUGGUGUGUCAGCCGGGGGACGUCCCAGUGUUCUGACCUUCUCCAAUGACCAGCCUCGAAGCUGUCAGCAGCUGCAAGACCCUGCUGGCUUUCACCAGUGCACUGGGUUGCACAGUCAUGACCAACCUGAAGAAUACAGAGGCUCCACCCAGUUGUCUUACCCCUGAGGGAAUUCCUGAGGUCCAUCCCAUUUCCCAAGAUCCUUUGCACUACAGCAUCGCAUCGGCUUCAGCUGUUCAGAAGAUUAGAGAACUGGAGACUAUAAUUGCCACAGACCCAGGCCACCGGAAGAUCGGGCACCUGCUCUGUAAAAAUGAGCUGCUGAGGGCCUCCCUGUCACUGUCCCACGCCCGCUCAGUGCUCGUCACCACCGGCUUCCCCACUCACUUCAACCAUGAGCCCCCAGAAGAGACAGACGGCCCAUCAGGAACCAUUGCUCUGGCCGCCUGCCUACAGGCCUUGGAGAAGGAGGUCUCCGUGAUCGUUGACCUGAGAUCUUCGGGUUUGUUCAAGAAACUUGUUGAAGAUGCCAUUGAGCAAGGGGUCCUGAAGACACAGAUCCCCGUAUUCACUCUCCAAGGUGAAUCAGCGGGAGCUGCUCAGGCAUUUCUCUGCAAAGAUGGGGACCCCAAGUCACCCAGAUUCGACCAUCUGGUGGCAAUUGAGCGCACAGGAAGGGCCGCCAAUGGUAAUUGCUAUAAUGCGAGGAAGAUGAGCAUCAGGCACUGGGUUGACCCCACUGAUGAUCUUUUCCUGGCAGCACAGAAGAUUCCUGGAAUCUCAGCUGCUGGGGUCGGUGGGGGCAAUCAGCUUGGGAAGGGCAAAGUCAAGGAAGCUGUGAAAAGACACAUACGAAAUGGGGAUGGGAUUGCCUGUGAUGUGGAGGCUGACUUUGCUGUCAUCACUGGUGUUUCUAACUGGGGAGGCUGUGCCUUGGCCUGUGUGCUGUACAUCCUCAACUCAUGUGAGGUCCACAGACAUUACCUAAGGGAGGCAGUUGGACCCUCCAGAGCACCUGGGGAGCAGGACUGGGCUCAGGCCCUUCCAUCCGUUGCUAAAGAAGAAAAAGUGUUGGGCAUCCUGGUGCGGCACCAAGUCCAGAGUGGAGUCUCGGGCGAGGUGGGCCCGGAGGUAGAUGGGCUGCCCUUCCACGGCACCCACGCCCAGAUGAUCCAGAAGCUGGUGGAUGUCACUGCGAUGGGUGUGUGACUGUGCAUGUAGAGUGCGUACCAGAUGGCCGUGCCUGGAACUAGGAGGGAGUUCCCUGAGGGCCCCGAGCUCCUUUCCACACGGUCCUGGGUGAGCAGCGCCUGUGAUGGGACAGCGCAGACGUUGGGGACUGAGGAGGAUGUUUCCUCAGGGCUUCCAGUCCUUUGCUUUUCUUCCUAAGUGCUAAGAGGGAUUGAUUUCAACCCUCCUCCUCAGGCUUCUUCAGAGCACCCACAUGGUCUGCUCUGAGAGUUUUCCGAGGCACCACUUAUGGGGACAAGAGUAGGCAUGACUAGAGCCAUGAAUAAUCCCAAGGCUAAUUAAAAAAAUAGUAAAAAAAAAACAAAAACAAAAACGGAGGGGGCACCUGGGUGACUUAGUUAAGUGUCUGACCCUUGAUUUUGGCUCAGGUCAUGAUCUUGCGGUUUGUGAGAUCGAGCCCUGUGUCAGCCUCCGUGUUGACAGUGUGGAGCCUGCUUGGGAUCCUCUCUCCCCCUCUCUCGCUGCCCU